AUGAUAUUGACUCCCGGAGAGUUUUCCAAAGCCUUUGAGGAGAUCAAGACCACCUCCCUGACUCACUCUACUUGCAAACUCGUCAUCUUUGUGUCAUGUCUAAACGUGGAUGCGAUCUGUGCGGCCAAGAUAUUAUGUAUGCUUCUCAAGCGGCAUCUCAUAGUGUUCCAAUUAAUACCUGUUGUUGGAUAUAAUGAUUUGAGGACCAAAUACUCCAAGCUUGACGAGGGCAUUUCCAAUGUGCUGGUGGUUGGCUGCGGUGCAAUGGUCGACCUGGAGAGCUUUUUGGAGAUUGACGUGUCGCAACACGUCGAACAGAUCGAUGGGCCCGGCGUUCCCAUCACUCCAGAGUCCUCUACCACAGAGCCCCAAAUGAAGCUCACGCGACGCAUAUACAUUUUCGAUGGGCAUCGGCCGUGGAACCUCGACAACCUAUUUGGAUCGCAAAUGAUUGCUUGUUUCGACGACGGCUCUGCCGAAAGAGAGCUCGAGAGCCAAAAAUCCGCAUACGAAGCAUUGGUAGCCAUGGACGAUGAGGAGGAGGAAGAGGAAGAGCAGUCGCAGUUUGACGAUCUUGGAGGCGACUCUGAAGACGAGCUUGGCGGCCGCAAGCGCAAAAACGAGGACACGCUUCCCCAACGCAAACGUUUACUUCUGGAGAACGAAAAAAUCAUAGAAGACUACUAUAAUCAAGGUACCACCAUUUCUAUGUCUGCCGCGAUACAGGUCUAUUCGCUGAUCUCCACAUUGGGAGAGUCCAAUAUCGACUAUUUGUGGCUAUCGAUCGUGGGGGCUAGCUCGCUGAGCUCUCACUUUGCCAACACGUACGAGUCUCUAAUCCCGCUUCUCAAAGACGAGGUCAACAGGUUGCAACAGAGCAGCGACAGAGAAGAAAACACAGAGUCGGCACUAGACACAGCCAGAGCGAAGAAAGCAGACGACACGGCGCUCCGGAUCGACAAGGACUACAGCUUGUUCCUUCUCCGACAUUGGAACCUGUACUGCUCGUUUUUCUAUUCCAGCUACGUCAACUCAAAACUUCAACUAUACACAACUAAUGGAAAGCGGAAACUGAAUACCAUGUUUGCGCGCAUGGGUAUCUCGCUUGCGGCUGCCAACCAGAACUGGCAUUACCUGGACAUCAACCUCAAGAGAAAACUGCAUUCUAUCUUCCGCAAGAAUUUGGGCCAGUUCGGACUGACAGAUGUGAUCAGAGACGGCUUCGUUCGCGACUUUGGGUUUCAUGGUUCUCUGUCCGCCGGCGACUUUGUGGAGGCUGUGACGGCGCUGUUGGAGUACGACGGCGAGCUCGUGACCCAGGACACAAAGACGCGGCCGUCGACGCCGGACGUUGAGGAAAACGCGAAGGAUAUUCGUACCCUGAUCCAGAAAAGGGAAGCACAAUUUGUUUCAAAUUUUUGGAGAGCAUACGACGCGCUAGACCAUUUCGAGCUGAUUUCCAAGGGGCUCAAGAUUGCAAAACUUCAGCAGCAGUUCAUUUUCGACAAGGGGUUCGAGAUAUUCCAGAAAAAAAUGAUCAAGAACCUGCGCAUCUUCAGGCUUGUUGUGCUGAAGGAUAAUUUUGCUACCAACAACACGGUGUCGGACCACUCGCUGAUCCCAGAUUUUGGCAACUCGGACUCCAUCGAGAUCAAGACAUUCAGCAGUAACACUAAGCUCUUUCAGAACCCCCUCAUCCUCACAAAGCUUGGCAACUGGAUUCUCGAGUCCUGCGCAGAGCUGGACAAGAGUGUCUUGCCGCUGGUGAUCGCCUCUCUCGAUGUGGACACCGGCACGUACCUCGUCUGUGGACUGCCCCCCAAAUACCCAAAUAUGAAGGGUGUGGAAGAAGCUGCCGAAAAAAUCACGGUGCUCAACACGUUCUCGCUCGCGUUCCAAGAAAUAGCCAACAGCACAGGGGCCAAAGCCAGAAUAGACAGCUUUGAAAGUUCCAUGAUUGAAAUCCGAAAGGACGACCUGCCCAUGUUCCUAGAGCGGCUCAGUUUGAGCGGGCUGGUCUAA